GUUCUGUCAUUUUGACAGAUUUAAAGUUUUAUUGAAUUCUUAUUUACUUUGCAAAAUCCUGUUAUUGUUUAUUUCUAAUAUUUACAUUUUAUAGUCCUAUUUGAUACUAACUUUAUUAAAAAUCAUGAAACUAGACUCUAAUAAUAAGAUGAUCAAUGGUGAUGGCAAUGAUACACCCGAAGAAAUACUGGAUCCAAGACAACAUGCGGAAGAUAUAAUUGAUGAGAUACUAGCUGACUUUACGGAGUCUCGGUCACCUGAUUUGAGGCACGGAAUUGGCUUACCAGAUAAUUUUCUGAAUAUAUUACAGUCGCCACGAACAUUGGCAGGAGCAUACUCAAUCAAUCAACCGCCACAAACGCGUACGCCCGCUAAUUCAUUCUCUGAAAAUACUUCUGUUGACGAUAUAGAUCCUUCAUCAGAUCUUGGGACAUCAAUACGAAACAAAUGUAUGGAAUUAGAAGAGAUAUUACAAACUUUGAAAUCUCGCCUCAAUCAUGUUGUUCUCGAUGAUAAUAUUAUGAUAAGUCCUGAAGCAAACUCUUUGGAAGCACAACUUGAACAUGACUUAGAUACUGAUUGCCAGGAGGAUUUGUCUUUACAAGAAUUUCUUGAAAUUUUACAUUCCCAGAACAAAAUUUCUCAUAGUUCUGUUCAAUGAUCAUACUUGAUCUUUAUGUAAAGUUGGUGAAAAAUUAUUGCCAGAUAAUAAUUCAUAUUAUAUUAUUGUAUCAAAUAAACAUUAUGAGCAUAAAA